UCUUCUUCCUUACCCUACCCUCUCAGCGUCUGUGCUCCGCCGCGAAGCUCUCCCUCCGCUAGGGUUUUCUGGGGUUUCUCUGUGGGUCUCCUCUGAACCUCCUUCACCAUGGUUCUCCAGAACGAUAUCGAUCUGCUGAACCCGCCGGCGGAGCUUGAGAAGAGGAAGCACAAGCUCAAACGUCUCGUUCAAUCGCCCAACUCCUUUUUCAUGGAUGUGAAGUGCCAGGGGUGCUUCAACAUAACAACUGUUUUCAGCCACUCUCAAACUGUGGUGGUUUGCGGCAACUGCCAGACGGUCUUGUGCCAGCCAACUGGUGGGCGUGCUAGGCUCACGGAGGGUUGCUCUUUUAGGAGAAAGGGUGAUUGAGAAAUGUUUAGAUCCAUUUUUCCUUUAGCUGCUACGAGUUGAAGAGCUUCAAAUUUUCGUUUUUGGGAAAAGAAUUGGUCUUUACUUGUUCCAUCUAGUAUCUUUUUUCGUUGGAUCAACAUAUCCUUGAUGACAGUUCCUUUUCUUCCCCUUUAUGUAUGUUAUGAUGGAUUGGAGUGUUCUUUCUUGGGAUUAAGAUUUUGGUUCCGUUAGUAAA